ACAGUCCGCCAGCAGAGGACGCUGUGCCCUCCUCCUGCCCUGAGUGAAUGGAUGGGUGACGUCAGGGCUGGCCGGGGGCUGCUCUCGCUGUUACAAAGUAUUGAUGUGGAGGGGAAUGUAUCGGUUGGGCUCAGGGAGCACCGAGCUGGAGUGAGGAGGCAGAGACAGAGCUAUAAAAAAAAAUAACCAAAAACAAAAUCUGCAGAAGUACGACUGGAACAUUAUGAAUGCAGUGCCCUUUGUGCUUUUGCUGUUGUUGUAUGAAACUUGUGGCAGUGCCGCUGUGGAAUUCUCUUCGGGAGGCUGCACUUUUGAUGAAGGCCUGGAACCAUGUGGAUAUUGGCAAGAUCAGGAAGAUGACUUUGACUGGAGGCAUGUCAGAGCUGAAGAUAUGUUGCAUUUGCAGCAUAAUGUGCCAGAAGGAUCCUUCUUAAUAGCUGAGUCUUCUCAGCAUAUGCCAGGAGAUAAAGCACGACUCUUGCUUCCAUUGAUGAAAGAAAAUGACACUCACUGCAUUGAUUUCAGUUACUGGUUGUACAGUGAAGAUUACUUGAACCCAGGAACACUGAACAUUUUUGUCCGAGUGAACAAGGGAGCUUUUGCAAAUCCUAUUUGGAAUGUGACGGGAUCUCAGGGAGUCGAAUGGCAUCGGGCUGAACUGGCAGUGAGCACCUUCUGGCCAAAUGAGUACCAGGUGAUUUUUGAAGCAGAUAUAUCUCUGGAGCAAGGUGGAUAUAUUGCCAUUGACGACGUCCAGGUUUUGAGUUACCCUUGUGAUAAAUCGCCUCACUUUUUGCGACUUGGAGAUGUGGAAGUAAAUGCAGGACAAAAUGCUACAUUUCAGUGCAUUGCAACAGGCAGGGAUACUGCAAAUAACAAACUAUGGCUUCAGAGGCGAAAUGGGGAAGACAUACCAGUUGUCCAGACGAAGAAUAUAAAUCACAGGCGGUUUGCAGCAUCCUUCAAAUUGAAAGAAGUUAAAAAGAAUGAUCAAGAUUUGUACCGUUGUGUGACACAGUCUGAAAGAGGCUCUGGUGUUUCGAAUUUUGCUGAGCUUAUUGUUCGAGAGCCACCUAUGCCAAUUGCACCACCUCAACUACUUGGUGUUGGCCCCACAUAUUUACUGAUCCAACUCAAUGCAAAUUCAAUUAUUGGUGAUGGUCCGAUCAUUCUGAAGGAAGUGGAAUAUGGUAUGACCAGUGGAUCUUGGACAGAAAUCCAUGCUGUAAAUGCAGCAACCUACAAGCUAUGGCAUCUGGACCCAGAUACAGAGUAUGAAAUCAGAGUUUUGCUGACAAGACCUGGUGAAGGAGGGACAGGGUUACCAGGUCCCCCACUCAUUACAAGAACGAAGUGUGCAGAACCCAUGAGGUCACCAAAAAGCCUGAAGAUUGCAGAGAUAUAUGCUAGACACCUGGCUGUUGAGUUGGAGUCUCUGGGCUACAAUGUAACACGGUGUCACACAUUCAAUGUUACCGUGUGCUACCAUUACUUUGGACACAACACAAGCAAAGCUGACUGCAUGGAAAUGGAUCAGAAAUCACCCCGACAUAUUAUUCAACACCUGCCACCUUACACAAACAUCAGCAUUAAAAUGAUUCUGAUGAAUCCAGAAGGAAGAAAGGAGAGUGAAGAGGUUGUCAUCCAGACAGAUGAAGAUGUACCUGGCCCCAUACCGAAUGAUUCUUUAAAAGGAACACCAUUUGAAGACAAAAUCUUUCUGCAGUGGAAGGAACCUGUGGAAGCAAAUGGUGUCAUCACACAAUAUAAGAUCAGUUACAGCAGCAUCAGAUCUUUUGACCCAGCUGUCCAAGUGGCUGGGCCUGUUCGGACAGUGCCAAAGAUGUGGAACAGUACACACCAUGUUUUCUCACAUCUGAAUCCUGGAACUACCUACCAGUUCUUAAUUAAAGCCAGUACAGUGAAGGGAUUUGGCCCAGCUAUUGUGGUCAACAUCACCACAAAUAUAUCUGCUCCUAUUUUACCUGAUUAUGAAGAUGCAAUUCUUAAUGAAACAGCAACCACAAUAACUGUCAUGCUGAGACCUGCUCAAGCUAAAGGUGCUCCAAUCAGUGCCUACCAAGUUGUUGUGGAAGAAGUGAAUUCGCACAGAUCAAAGAGGGAGGCCAGCACAGCAGAGUGCUUCCAUAUUCCUGUCACCUACCAGUCUGCUGCAGCUCGAGGGUCACCAUAUUAUUACGCUGCAGAACUUCCUCCAAGUGGAGUUUCUGAACAAACUCCUUUUACAGUGGGUGACAAUAAAACCUACAAUGGAUUCUGGAAUCCUCCUUUAACCCCCAGGAAAGGAUAUCACAUACACUUCCAAGCUGUCAGCAGUGUUGAACAGGAGACAAAGAUACAGUGUGUGAGGAUUGCAACAAAAGCAGCCACAACUGAAGAACCUGAGGUAGUCCCUGACCCUAUCAAGCAAACUGAUCGGGUAGUGAAAAUAGCUGGAAUCAGUGCUGGAGUUCUGGUUUUCAUCCUCCUCCUCCUGGUUGUGGUAAUGAUCGUCAAGAAAAGGAGGAGCUACUAUUCUUAUUCUUAUUACCUUAAACUUGCAAAGAAACGCAAGGAUGCAGUAGGGAAUGCUCGCCAAGAGAUGACUCAUAUGGUGAAUGCAAUGGACAGGAGCUAUGCUGAUCAAAGCACACUUCAUGCUGAUGAGCCCCUUUCGAUCAACUUUAUGGACUCUCACAACUUCAGUCCUAGAUUGCCUAAUGAUCCGCUUGUUCCGACUGCUGUGUUAGUACCCAUUGCCGAUGAAAACCAUACUGUCUCAGCGGAGUCAAGCAGGUUGUUAGAUGUUCCCCGUUAUCACUGUGAGCCCACAGAAUCUCCAUACCAAACUGGCCAGCUCCAUCCAGCUAUUCGUGUUGCAGACUUACUACAGCAUAUCAACUUGAUGAAAACAUCAGAGGGCUAUGGUUUUAAAGAGGAAUAUGAGAGUUUCUUUGAGGGGCAGUCUGCUUCCUGGGACAUUGCCAAGAAGGAUCAGAACAGAACAAAGAAUCGCUAUGGAAAUAUUAUAGCUUAUGACCACUCCAGAGUCAUUUUGCAGCCACUCGAGGAUGAUUCAACAUCAGAUUACAUUAAUGCAAAUUAUAUUGACGGGUAUCACAGACCAAGUCAUUAUAUAGCUACACAGGGACCAGUUCACGAAACGGUUUAUGAUUUCUGGAGAAUGGCUUGGCAAGAGCAAUCCGUUUGUAUCGUCAUGGUCACAAACUUGGUGGAAGUUGGAAGAGUAAAGUGCUACAAAUAUUGGCCAGAUGAUUCUGAGGUCUAUGCAGAUUUUAAAGUUACAUUCGUGGAAGAGGAACCACUGGCAGAAUAUGUAGUUCGAACAUUUACAUUAGAAAGGAGAGGUUUUGAUGAAAUUCGUGAAGUUAAACAGUUUCAUUUCACUGGUUGGCCUGACCAUGGUGUUCCUUAUCAUGCAACCGGUUUAUUGGCUUUUAUCCGUCGUGUGAAAAUCUCGAAUCCCCCAGGAGCAGGCCCAGUAGUUGUACAUUGCAGUGCUGGAGCUGGAAGAACUGGCUGCUAUAUCGUUAUAGAUAUUAUGUUAGACAUGGCAGAGCGGGAAGGAGUUGUUGAUAUCUAUAAUUGUGUUAAAGCAUUGCGAUCAAGGCGCAUCAAUAUGGUUCAGACAGAGGAACAAUAUAUUUUCAUUCAUGAUGCCAUUCUAGAGGCUUGUCUCUGUGGGGACACCUCAAUACCAACAUGUGAGUUCAAGCCAACCUAUUAUGAAAUGACAAGAGUUGAUUCACAGAGUAACUCCUCACAACUUAAAGAUGAAUUUCAAACACUGAAUUCUGUUUCUUCUCAACUACAACCCGAAGACUGCAGCAUAGCUCUUCUUCCCAGGAAUCACGAGAAAAAUCGAUACAUGGAUGCACUGCCACCAGACAGAUGCCUGCCUUUCUUAAUUACCAUUGAUGGUGAAAGCAGCAACUACAUCAAUGCUGCCCUUAUGGAUAGUUACAGACAACCAGCUGCCUUUAUAGUCACCCAACAUCCAUUGCCAAAUACAGUCAAAGACUUCUGGAGGCUAGUGUAUGACUAUGGCUGCACUUCCAUAGUAAUGCUCAAUGAAUUGGACCUUGUACAGGGCUGUCCACAGUAUUGGCCAGAAGAGGGGACGCUUCGAUACGGGCCAAUUCAAGUUGAAUGUAUUUCUUGUUCAAUGGACUGUGAUUUAGUAAGUCGGAUCUUCAGGAUAUGCAAUCUUACCAGGCCACAAGAAGGUUAUCUCAUGGUGCAACAGUUCCAGUACUUAGGAUGGGCUGCUCACAGGGAAGUACCUGCCUCAAAGCGAUCAUUUCUGAAGUUAAUUCUUCAAGUUGAUAAGUGGCAAGAAGAAUGUGAUGAAGGAGAAGGGCGCACUAUUAUUCACUGUCUAAAUGGAGGAGGACGUAGUGGGAUGUUCUGUGCCAUUAAUAUCAUAUGUGAAAUGAUCAAAAGACAAAAUGUGGUUGAUGUUUUCCACGGAGUAAAGACACUUCGGAACAACAAACCAAAUAUGGUGGAAACCCUGGAACAAUAUCGAUUCUGUUAUGAUGUUGCUUUGGAAUAUCUUGAAUCUUCAUAGUGACUACAAUUACAUCUUUGAAAAAUUGUGCAUUUUUUUUAAGAAGUAAAUUGUCACUGAACCUGUGCAUGAAGAGUAUACAUUUAAGUGAGGGAAUUGGUUUUCAUUAUCUUAAAUAUUCUGCUUCUGUUUUAACACAAUAUUUAUCCAAACUAUUAACCAGAAAGCAUUCAAUACCGUCAUAACAAUGUAAUCUGGGUACAGAUUUCACUGUUCAGUAAGAGGUUAAAAAUACUUCAGUGUUAGUCAACAACAGUUUUUUUUUGUAUUUUUUUUAGUACUACCAAUCUGUUGGUUUGCAUGCACAGAUUUGUACACAUUGAUGCUACAAUUUGUUUUAAAUCAAGUUUUUUUUUGAAAAAGUAGAAAUGUGUGCAGCAAUGUGAACUGCUUUUGCAUGCUGCCACAGUAAAUGUGCAAAUAUUUGGACUGGCUUAUUAAAGUUUAAAGUGCAACCUGCUGGAUCACACCAGAUAAUUUGAAGUGUAACUUUUGUUAUAAGCCAAAGACAAGUGUAAAUAUGUCAAUAUGAAGAAAGCACAUUGUAUUUAUUGUUUGCUUGUAAUUCUGUUGACAGCUGAACAAUCCCUUUUUUUCCAAAAUUGAUUCUUUUGCCAGAGCUUUUACAUUCAGAUGUUUUUAAGUGGUUUACUUUUGUAUGUAACGGUCAAUGUAGAUCACUGAUUUUUUUUUAAAAGUAAGGAUUAGUAAUGUUUACGAUAUGUAAAUUAGUUCAUUACACCCAUUCAGUAAUAGAACAUUGAUAUAUUUGGGAAAUAUAUAAAUCAGGACCAAAUACAGUUUUUUUAUGCUAAAUGGGACAUUCUAAAAAUUCCUUCCACAAAUGUUAGUCAGCUAGUUUAAAUAAAGCUUUGCAACUUCUUGUAUCUAGUUUAAAUGAUGAAUCACUACUGCUGAUAGCUGAAGCAGUAUUAGCGAUAAUGUACUUGGAGAGAUGACUAUUUUAAAGUAAAAAUGUGUUCUGAGUUUGUCUAAGGGUAAUCUAGCAGGGCAAUCAACAGAAGAAUAGUCUUUCAGUUUAGGAUGAAUGGUAUAGUAAAUUAGUUAUUGUGAUGUAUUUUCUGUGCCAUUUAAAUGUUGUUUAACAUGAAUCAAGAUGACUUAUGGUCUAGCAAAACAAGUGAUUGAAUAAAGGCAUCAUGUGAUCUGAA